UUCUUCCUUGCCCUCGUCGAGGAAUCUCUUCCUUGUCCACCAUGGACGGAGACAACUUGACCCCCAUUUCGCGCCCUACGAUUGUCUCCGUGAAAGUAGACUCAACAGUCAAGGAAUGCAACUCCGAUGGAUUUAGCUUUCCGACAUUUCGUCAGCUCAGAAAGCUGGAUCGUGUCGUUCUGUGUGCAGAAAACCUCAAUGUUGGAUCACCGUUUGCGUACCGUCUUCUUGCAAUCGCCAACACGAAGGGCUGGUUUGCAGCCGCCACAAAUACUGGUCUCAUCCUAUCGCCACUGAAUGAACUCCAAAAAACUCUUGAAUCCGAUGAUGCUCAGCCGCUCUUCAAGGCCCAAAAGACCAUAGGCCUUCCAGCGCAACCUAUAAUUCUCGCCUUUGCCUGUAAUGAAACUCGAUUUCUUGUUGGCCUGGCUCAGGGAGAGGUCCUUCUCUAUGAUGUUGACAAACUUUGCUCUCCCGGAUCUGAUGACGCUCCAUUACACGCACUUCGCACCUCCAACAGCCCUGCGCGUCAAAUCGUUCCUAAUCCUAGCAGUGAUCCUGCCUUAGCUGAUUAUAUAGCCAUCGUGCGUUUUGACGGAAUAGUGGAAGUUGUCAACAUGCAGUUUCAGUCUCAAGGCGGGUGGACAGCAAGAGAACAUGAUGCUCUGCCGGUAGCAGCGUCCUGGUCUCCAAAGGGCAAACAACUUGCAAUUGGCUUGCGACUUGGAGAUAUCUUAACCUACACCCUGAACGAAAAGGCGACGCCUCAAAAGUAUAUUCCACAUACCGCCCAGAAAUCUACUUUGGUUUCACUAAAUUGGCUCCCGGGCGGAUUUACAUUUCGCACAAGCUAUGCUCCAUCUAAUCCAGAAGCGGACGUUUCUACGCAACAUGUUGUACAUUUGGAUACACGCCAGUCUACAGUGACGAUAACGGACCUCACACAUCCCUUUCGUCUGUCUGAGCGACUUAACCAAGUUGCUCACGUCGUCGUGCUUCCUAAAUGGGAUGAUGAAAACGUCAAUGUUGAGAGCACAAAGGGCCUUUUGGUAGUCGGGGACAUGUCCUCAACUGAUUUCGAAAUUUUCGGGCACAACGGUAAUACCUGGUAUUGUUAUUACCAGGAUAAUCCCCUCUCCAUUCCUCUUAACAAAGAACAGGCGGAUACUGUCUUGCUGUCCCUUGACGUCGACCUGGUGAACGAAACGGGAAAUCCUAUCAUGUAUGCCUAUCUCAACGAUGGGACAAUACAGGGUUGGUAUAUGGAACAAUCGAAGCUUUAUGCUGGGAUGGUUGCUGGAACCGCUGCUGUCCCACAGUCAUCCGGUCAACUAGUAUCCUCUCAGCAGAGUUCGGUAUUUAGCACCCAAACACAACAACAGCCGGCUUUUGGACAAUCUUCUUUUGGGCAGUCCACUUCGUCGCCAUCUUCAGCAUUCGGCCAAGCAUCCUCAGCCUUUGUACAGCCGUCAUCUUCCUCGUCAGUCUUCGGUCAGUCGUCAUUUGGACAAUCUUCAGCUUUCGGGCAAGCUUCAUCAGCAUUUGGCUCCUCUGCCUUCCCUAGUUCUUCCACUUCUGCUUUUGGUCAGUCAUGUUAUGGAGCGUCAAGCUUUGGAGCGUUUGGCUCUGGCACAGGUUUUGGGACAUCAACUGGCACUGUGGCCAACCCGCCCAGCCAAGAAGUCUCCAUGGCGGAUACUGCGCCGUCGUUCGGCGGUCUGUCGCUGGGGGGCAACGAUGAUUCGAGGUCUAAAUCUGCAUCUGGCGGAGGGAUGUUCGGCUCUCCAGCACCGCUGCCUCUACCACCGGAUCACCCCGUUAAUAGACCAUCUUCUACCACUAGCUCAGACUCUUCUGGUUCAACGAUAAAACCAGCCACAGGGUUCGGUGCUUUUGGAGGCGGCGGCGCACUUGGUGAAAAUUCUCCCUUUGCCAAGGCAAGCUUGACCCCAUCCACGUCCCCUUUCACGACUGCAUUUGGUAGCAAACCCGCCGAAUCUCCCAAGUCGACUUUCGGACAAAUAGCCUUUGCGAAACCUGCAGGAAGUGACGCGCCGAAAUCUGCGUUUGGGCAGCCUGCAUUCGGACAGCCUACGUUCGGACAGUCCGGCUUUCAGAGGCCUAUGGCGCCUCCAACGUCUGUCGCACCAACAAAAAUAAGUGGCGGCUUCGGUGCUUUUGCGUCCGAACCUUCCUCAUUUGGUGCUGUGUCGGGGACGUCGAUGACAAGUACGUCCUCGACGAAGGCUGCAGGAAGCUUUGGCGGGUUUGCCUCGGGAGGACCCUCUGCCUUUGGUAAUACAUCGUCGUUAAGAAGCACAGCCACAGAACCGCCAAAGAGCGUAGAGGAUGCCAAUGAGACGCCUAAAGCUCCUGCGGUUGUUGGCUCCGGUAGUAAUGCGUCCUCCACCCCGUCGCCUUUCGGAACACCGAGCAAGCCCUCACCGUUCGGAGGAAGUCCAUUUGCGUCAGGCAGCUCACCCUUUGGCCCUCAGCAGUCUCCAGCGUCCAUAGCGUCUCCACCGAACAGUCCACCGUCUGCAUCAUCUUCUACACUGUCACCUUUUGCCUCCGCCUCUCAGCCAGCACCAAUCACCGGGGCAUUCACGAACCUGAAGUCAUCCGCAUUCCAGCCAGCUGCGGGGUUCGGCGCGUUUGGGGCUUCCAGUCAGGACACUUCCUCUCCAUUUUUUAAAGCAGCCGCAAAUCAGGCACCGACUGUAUCGGCCUUUUCAAAUCUUCAAACUACUCCCACCGAGCCGCCCACCACCAGCUCUACUCCGAGCUUUGGUUCCCCUUCAGCUUUAGGUACUCAGAAGCCUGCGUUCGCGCCGCUGUUAGGCACCAGUUCGCCCACCUUCGGCUCGCCUUCUGCACUUGGGGUGGCAAAGUCAGCCUUCCCGCCUUUAUCUUCGUCUCCUUCAGCAUCUCCUACUCCUGCUAAGCCUAUCGCCGGUGGGUUUGGUGUCUACGCAAAGUCGGCGUCACCGUUUGGCAAGAUUCCGACGCCCCAGUCAUCAUUUUCUGAUACGUUGAAGGAUAAACAUCCUGAGUCUAACGAACCGGACAAGACUUCACCGACGCCUUCUACACAAGUCAAGGAGGAAGUUUCCUCAACAGCCGAGUCAGAGACGAAGAAGGAAUCUGAUGUUUCCCAAACGCCUACACCUGCAGCAUCUGUCCCUGCCUCUUCUUCUCCACCUUCCACUGCAGAGAAUUCACUUAAAGUUAAAGAUAAAGAACCGGCCAAGGAAAUAGACAAAGAACAAGCUGAGUCUUUUUCAACGUCGUCAGAAUCCAAAGCGCUGUCAAAGGACGUUUCAUCAUCCUCAAUGGCCAGCUCCUAUGUCGAUGUCUCGCAGGAAGACACAGUUGAGAAUGGAGAUAUUUCCGAUGAUGCUUACCGAGACGGAGCAGAAGAUGAUGAUGACGACACAGAGUCGUUCCUCUCGGAAAGUAUCAGUUCUACUGCAGGAGAAGACGAUGAUGAAGAUUAUGUACCCUCAGAUGAGGAGGCUGAAGAGGAGCGUUCGCCUACGCCAUCCCGAGUACCUCUUCCACUGUCACGCUCUCAGUCAAGCACUCCUCAGCCCGAAUCAGAAGUACCGCCGACAGCAUCGCUGUCGAUGGAGACUAGCCUCGCGGCUAUUAAAGAGGAGAGUACUACUUCGCCAGGCUCUCCUGAAAAGCGGCCGUCCACCGUGCCCCCGCCCACACCUGCAGCAGCAUUGAGCUUAAGAAGGCCAAAUACACGUCCUGCACGCAGUUCUCCACUCGCAAACGCUGUUGUAGGAGGCGAUGAAGAGGAAGAAGAGAAGAAGGAAACUCCUAAAGCCGUUGUACCAAAGCCUCGUCCUGCUUCGCCCAAAGUACCCUUUGGUACACUACCAUUGAAGCCAUCUAUAGAGGAAACCGCAACCCUUAGCAAGGACAUGCGACCAAAGACCCCGCCGUUACUGUCCACAAUCGGAGGUACUAGCGGGGGCCUGUUCGGUAACAAGUCAGCGCCUGUAGCAAAAUCGUCAUCUUUGGGUUCGACACCGGCUGAACCGUCUCCAUUCGUACCGCCUUUCCCUCCUCCCUCUGGUGUGAUGACAAAACCGUCUAUGCAACUGCCACCACUUCCAGGUGGAAGUCUCUUCAGUAAACUACCUGCGCCUGGACCUACAUCUACCCCACCGGCAACACCCUUCUCGUCUCCUCCUGCGAAUAUGUUUACUAAGUCACUUGCACAACCCGCGCAACCUACUCCCCCCUUCCAGGAAGGAAUGCAGCAAGAGUGUGCACAUUUAUGCAGAACCAUGGAGGAGGAACUGGGAAAUCUCCAACAGCUCGCAAAAAAAGCUUCCUGUGAAAGUAAGGUGCUGAAUCAGAAGACCGGUGGAUCCCGUUUGAAAGCAGACCUGGGAAAUCCAACCCGUUGGUAUCCCGCGGAUGCACUGAAGUACCGCGAGACACUUCUUAGCUAUACAGAUGACUUGGAGCUUCUGAAGGAAGGUCGAGAGGAAGCCAAAAAAGUUUUGAGAGAACUAGGCAGCGGGGUUGUCAAGGCAAACACGAGAAAAGAAGAGAUUGAGCGAUUUAAUCGUGCAAAAGAAGAUGACAGUUUUGCGAGAAUGCUGAGGAGCCGCACUUUGGGUCCAGAGCAUCUAGAGACUCGGGCACGUCUGAGAGGGGAGUUGAUGAGAAGAAAAACGGAGGUAUCGAAGUUGGAAGAUGUACUGAAAGAAUACAAGAAGAAAGUAGCCUCUAUGAAGAGCUGUAAGGGCGUCUUUAGGGCUCCGUCACUUGACACAGUCAAUAGGACGUAUCGAAACAUCGAUAUCGCAAUUCAACAAGAAAGAGAUGCUAUUGAUGGUCUGGCACAGAGAUUAUCAAAAAUUGACCUAAACACUAUGCGGUCGCCUUCUCCACAGAGAGAUGCGCGCCUCCCUAAACCCCCUUCGCGUCCCCAUGCCAUAGUACCGCAUGCGGCGGUGACGACUGCCGCUGCCCUGAAUGCCGAACGAUCUGCCCAGAAGCUGAAGCAUGUACUACUUGGCUUGCGUAAAGAACCGUUAUUAAAUCAGCCCAAAGCUAAUGUUCCGACUCCUCCGGUCGCAUUUUUAUCAGCGUCCCAAGCUAGCGGGUCGGCAAAGGAUGUUGUGGUUUUCAACACUCCUAUUAAGAUUGAAGGACCAUUAUUUGGGAAGAGUGGUAGUAUCGAUAGCAACUCAUUUGGGACGGGUUUUGAAUUCCCUGAUGACGAUAACAGCUUCCAUCUAAGCACGCCCGUGCCUACUGGCCGACGUGGAGCAGGAGGAGGAAAGAAACAUGGAGGCGGAUUUUUCAAAAAGAGUCCCAGCGCAGCUGCGACACCGCCAAAAGUACCGAGCUUUGACUGGGGACCGUUACCUGCUUUUGACUAUGGUAAGUCUGCUGGUAGUGGUGGAUCACCUUUGGUUAUGGGAAUCAGUGGAGGGCCUCAGAAGUAGCUACUUAAUAACAACAUAUUGACAGUCUAUUGUUGUCGCUUUGAAUUUUGUAUAUACCUCUGUAUCACCACCGACUAUUGAACAACAAAGCGGCUUGCUUCGUCC